AUGAAAAGGUAAAUCAACUCUGCUCUUAAGUCUCGUCAAACACCUCAAUCGAUUACUAGAUUAAAGAGUGCAGUGCAAUUCAAGUUCCAAUGCGAGACUCCCCAAUGCAGAACAUCUAUUGCUCCUAUGGAUCGAGUACAAACUGGCACAACUAUGCACACAUAAUAUAAAACCAACUUUUCAACGAGAGAGGAUGAAGUAUUGAAGACUUAAGUUUCAGAAGGCAAUUUGAGUAAAGUCACUCAUCUCAGGAUCAGAAUUGAUCCUAGAAGUGAAACCGAUGUCAAAAUGCAAAAUUACUUUUACAAUAAUUAGCCUAUUAAAGUUCAAAGCAACAUGAAUAUGUAUAUAAACUGUUAAGCCAUAGCAUUUCAAAGAGUUCCCAGAAGUUGGUUGUCACGUCUGAUAACAUGUAAACUGUUGAGGUCAAGAGAAAAAUGAAAUAUGAUCCAGCCAUUCGACAGCAAGUCUUUCUGCUCAAAAUCAAGGCUAUCAAAAACCCUUUACUGCAAAAGUUCCUUCGAUUCUUAUUGAGUAAGGAAAAAUAAUUAAUUGAUCUGAUUAAAUUCAAAUCAACCUAAUAAAUUAUUGAUUUGGUCCAGGAUUUCAUUGAAAUGGCUAUUGGUACUUAAAUUAGCUAGGUUGUUGUGGAGAUGCUAUUAUUCUGUUCUUAAGUUUUAGAGAAUUGCGGUUUGAUUGAAUUGUCAAUUCAUUUGUAUAAUUAAACAAGAUUGCUGUGUAAUCAUUCGAAAUAACAAUAUGACAUUUAAAAAAUGAAGGCCUUUAUCGGAUUAUCAAAUUGUGCUGUUACGUAUGAAUCCUAUGAAAUUGCAAUCAAGUUCUUAAAGAAGUGCAUACAAUAUGCUUGGCUAAAUAACAAUUUGGAAAUCGAGAAUUUGGUUUAUCAAAAAAUGGGUAUUUGUUAUUUUUAUAUGGGAAAUAUAGAAAAAGUAUAAUAAAUAUAAAAAAUUUAAGGCAUCCUUUUAUCAUGAGAGGAGUAUCACCUAUGAUUUUGAAAUAGAAGACUCUCCUUUGAGGAAAUUGAGCUGCGAUACCUUGAAAAUAUAUUUGAAUAAGCAUUUUUCUAGAAAUUAUGCUGAAACUGUCAACAAUGCCUUGCUCAGCAAAAUGAAUUUUUAGAUUCCCAUUGACAUAAAAUAAUGUUAGGAAAACUUAAUGAAUCUAAAUGAUCUUUCUUCGUCACCUAGAGUCCAUUUAAGUACUGAAGAAUCAAGAAAAAUGUCAAUUUCUAGUGAGAACUGUGAAUUAUCUUGUCUCAAAAUCAAUGGAAUGAGAUUACUUAAAGACAUAUUGUCGUAAUAAGAGUUUGAUUUUUAAGUAUACACUCCAAAACAUUCAUGUAAUUAAGAAUAUUGAAUAAUAGUUAAGACUGAAAGUAAAUGUUUUGACUAUUUAAACAAUAAGAAAAUUCAUCCCAAGGAUAUUUAUCAUGAUGCCAAGUAUAAGGCUAAUCCGUUUGUGGUUGAUGAUCUUGGAAUUAUCAAAAGCAAAAAGUCUAGUCAAGCUGAAAAUAUGAGCAAAUACAAAUUGCCAUUAGAUCAAUAGAUUGAAAUCAGAUUGUAAUAAAAAUUUGAAUUAAACUUACAAGAGAGGAUUCAACAGUUUGUUGGAAGUAGUCAUUAAAAAAUGGAAUAAAAAAAUAAAAUUUUGGUAUAUUUUCAGUAUAAUUUAGUUAACUCAUAAAAACUAAGAAAAUAGUAAAAAGAACAAAUAAAUGGAUGAAAUUAAGAAAUUUAACGCUGUCAGUUUUCUGUACUAAAAUUUGAUUAGCAAAUUAAUUGGUUGA